AUGUCUGAAGUGAAUCGCCUCGAAAAUGCAGAAAAGUCACAAGAAGCAGAAGCGAGUUUACAAGGUGCCAUCGUCCCCAAUGAAUUAGAUCAAUGCCCAGAAGAUUCUACUGUAGAGGAAAGAGAGAGAUUACCGGAACAUGUCUCUAUCCAUAAUCAAUCCUCCUCUUCAUCGUCAAUAGCAGAAGAUCAAGAUGAUACACCCGAUCUCGAAUUGGCACCUGUUGCUUCCGGUCCACCAUAUUCGGCUUUUGGUCUUUGGAAAAAGAGAUACAUUGUCGGCAUGUGCACAUUGGCAGCUUUCAUCUCCCCUACGUCGGCCAACAUAUACUUCCCGGCGCUUAAUCCACUCGCCGCGGACCUGGGUGUAUCUAAUACCCUCAUCAAUUUGACUCUCACAUCUUUCAUGAUCUUUCAAGGUCUGGCGCCAACAGUUUUUGGAGAUUUAGCAGAUAUGGCUGGAAGACGUCCUACAUAUAUCAUUGCAUUCAUUAUAUACUUGGGCGCAAAUAUUGGUCUAGCGCUACAGAACAGUUAUGCUGCUUUGUUCAUCCUACGAUGUUUACAAAGUUGUGGAAGUAGCGGUGCCAUCGCUUUAGGGUUUGGAGUCAUUGCGGAUGUAUCCACAAGUGCUGAACGGGGAUCUUACAUGGGACUUGUUGGAGCUGGCGCCAUGAUGGGACCAGCUAUAGGACCUGUGAUUGGUGGUAUCUUGGCACAAUUCCUGGGAUGGCGUGCAAUCUUUUGGUUUCUCGUAAUUCUCGCAGCUGUGUUCCUCAUACCAUUUACUCUUACCGUUCCUGAAACUGGCCGGAACGUUGUUGGUAAUGGAUCUAUCCCGCCUCCAGGCUGGAAUAUGACGGUUGUUGAAUGGUGGAAAUGUCGCAAAGAACAAAAGUCUGCAGAUGGACUUUCUCGGACAGCAACAGCUGAAAGUAGAAGAGCCGCGCAGGCCGACCUUGCAAGCAAACGAAAACUACGCUGGCCAAAUCCUUUGAAAACAGUAUACAUCAUCAUGGAGAAGGACGUUGCCAUGGUGUUAUUUUACAAUGCUCUACUAUAUACAGCAUUCUACGACGUUACAGCUUCUACACCACAACUUUUCAAGGAAAUAUACGGGUUCAAUGACUUACAGAUUGGUCUAUGCUAUCUCCCGUUUGGAUGUGGUUGUGCGUUGUCUAGUAUUAUCAACGGUAAAAUGUUGGAUCGAAAUUACAAGAAAAUAGCCCGAGAUAUCGGAUUUAGCAUCGAUCGUAAGAGGGGCGAUAACCUGAGACAUUUUCCCAUUGAAAGGGCUAGAUUAGAGAUAAUUUGGCCUCUCUUGAGUGUGGGACUUGCUUGCUAUCUUUGUUAUGGUUGGGUGCUGGAGAAGAAUGCUAACUUGGCUGUACCUCUCGUUCUUCAAUUCUUCUUAGGGCUUUGCAUUAACGGUGCUUUCAAUGUUCUAAGCACUCUUGUUGUUGACUUGUAUCCACAAAGUCCAUCUACCGCCACGGCUGCAAAUAAUCUUGUACGAUGUCUACUUGGUGCAGGUGGAACAGGGAUCAUUACUAUUAUGAUUGAUCAUAUGGGAAGAGGAUGGUGCUUUACAUUCAUUGCUCUUGUGUGUAUUGCCACAUCUCCAAUGUUAUGGAUUGAAUUUAAAUGGGGACCGGUAUGGAGAGAAGAAAGAAUGGUAAGAAUAGAUAAGCAGGCUGGAGAAGAGAAGCUUAGACAGGAAGCUGAAGAGGCUAAUGCUCAAGUCACGCAACAUGAUGGAACAAUGAACGAGAAAGUUUAA